CCCGCGGCGUGUCCCCGUCCGUGUGCGUGUCGCCGGGGUGCGCGGCUGGUGCGCGGAGGAGCGUGUCCGUGGGGCGGGUGCGUGUGAAUGUGCGUGUGAGCGCGCGUGGCAGCGGGCUGCGUGUGCGUGCGCCGUGGGAAAGCCGCGUUCGCUGCGUGGGCGCCGUGCUGAGCGUGAGAGCGGGGCCGGCGGAGCGGCUCCCGUGGGUUUCCCACGGGUGUCCGCGCAACGGGCGCGCGUGUGCGCAGCGAUGCGGGUGUGCGCGGAGCCGGCCUCCGGUCCUAGCCGAGAGCCGCUGCCUCCGGCUCCUGCGGAGGAGGCUGCUCCGGGCCCGCCACGGCACCGCCCGCCCCCGGAGCGGGUGGGAUGGUGCUGGGGGGGCGCAGGAGCCCGCGGCAUCCCGGAGAGGCUCGGGGGGGCCGGGAGGGAGGACGGAGGCUGCCCCCCGGGAGGCUCUGACAGGUCUCUGCCUCGCCUCCCGGUCGAGUUGCAGCGGUGGGGAGCAGGAGGAAGGAGGGCCCUGGGCUUUGCCCUCUUUUCCGUGUGGCUCCCGAGAGAUGGUUUUGGGGUGAAGCUGUCGGAAGUGAGCGGCGCCGGGUGCGCGGCUUGGGGCGCCUGGGCCCAGCCUGCAUCGAUGCUGAGCAGCCGCAGUGGCUGGAGCCGAAGGAAGCGGCGCACUGGGCAUGGGACGAGCCGCAAAAAGCCGAGGGUUUGGCCCAUCCGUGCCUUGGGUGUAGGAGUGAACAUCGGUGGCUGUUUUUUGGGAAAUAUUGUCCUUAAUCUCAGCCCCGUGCUGCUGGCUGGGAUGUCGCUCCAGCUCGGAGCACCGCAGCAGGGCUCGGGGAGGCCGGGGGGCCCGGUGUGUGCGUGCCCAGCGCAGCGUCUGGGUGGAUUUGUGAGCAGGGCUUGGAGCGAUGCCGCCAGCCGUCGGGAGCAGGGAGAGGGUGGACUUUGGUGCCCGUUCCCUUUUGGUGCUGCCGGCUGUGGAACGGGGCCAAGAGGCUGUGGGAAUCGCAGGCAGCGAAGGCUUGUUUGAGCAGUUGCUUGAAUUCGCAGUGCUUUGUAACCUCUCCCUCAUUAGGGCUUGGUAUUUGGGGGGGAAUGACUGAAUUCUGUCAGAUUUUGCAUGCCACUGUCCUCUGAGAGCUUCCCAGUCAUGCAUUAAGCAGCGUGACUAACGCCUCUCUCAUGUGGUUCGGGCUUUCUCGCACUCUCCCCGUAGGGAGAAUUGUGUGUGCAGAGGAAUAGUUGUUUUGGGAGGGGUUUUUAUUUUAAGUGCUCUGUAUUCUGCCAGCAGGUCGGAAAAAGGUGGCUGGCACCAGAGAAGAAAGUGUGGGAUGGUCCUUAGAUCCCAUGGGAAAAUAGCCCGCUGCUGUGCACUGGCCCCUGGGAAGCCUCCGUCUCCUGCACAGACGUGCUUUUCCCCGACGGUGGAGCUUCCACCUCCUCCUCACACCCUGCUCCGGGCUCUCUACGUCGGCGCUGUGUCAUCCCCACCCCAAGCACCCAGCAGGAUUUGUUCCCUUUGCGGAUCUGAGCGCCCGGCUCCCCCCUGCCUCUGGUUGGGGUGACGGUGGCUUCCUGCCUCCAGCCUCCCCACUUCGGAGGCUCCCUCCACAUGCGGGAAUUUGGGGCUCAGGCUCCGGCCCCUUUCCUGGAGCAGACUGUGUGGCUGCCGGGCACCCUCGGUGACUCCCUCCCUGCCCCAGGCUCCUGGCACGGCCCCGCUGCUGGGUCCCUGGCACUGGUGAGUCAGGGCCGUGUGACGGCAGAGCCGUGGCCCCACGCGGGGAAUUUCACCUUUAGCUGAGAUCCUCGCGCCCAGGCUUAGUCAGGAGGCUACGUCACCGGCAGCGGCCUCGUGCAAACAGUGCCGUGCCGGGUGCCUCUCCCGGCCGGAGCACCCUUUGGGUCCCCGUUCUCCUGCUCCCUUCUCCCCAGCCCUCCUGCACGGCCGAAGCGAUGGGGUGAUGAUGCUCAGCGUGGGUCUGGACCCGCACCCACGGGUGCAGAUCCCCCACGCAGGGUGACAUCACACCAGCGCACAGCCCGCGGUGACGGGGGCACACGCGCGCUGCUCCCCCCGCGCAGGCACACGCGGUGCUCCCUGCACGCACACGUGCGUGUGGUGCAGCACCGCGAGCCCCGAUCCGCUGCGCACACCCAGCGGGUGCGGGCACGGAUGUGCUCCUCACGGCCUGUGCACACACGUGCACACCCUGCUCGUGCACACAUGUGCUUUUUUUCUGCUCUGUGUGGGUGCGCGAAUGGAUGCAUCACACUCUGGGCACACGCGUGUACAUGUGCACUCGCUGCCGGGGCUUGCUUGGAUUGAUCCAAAGCCGCGUCGUGCUCCUGCUCAUCUCCCUACCUCCAUCCCUGGCCCCGUGCAGGGUGGGGACGGCUGCUUUUCCUCCUCCCUUCCACCCGGGACAUGCCUCCAGGCGGCUGUGCGUGCCCUCAGCAGGGUGGGAAUGUCUGUUCCCUUGCAGGAAGGAUGUUUGUAGGAUGAGGGAGCAGAGCGGAGCUAGGCUUUGGGGCCAUAGCUUCGUCUCCAGAAGCAGAGCUGCCUUCCCUCCAGCCGAUGGAGAGCUCCACACUUCCUCACCCAGCAGGCGCCUGUCCGUGGGCGAGCGCAGGGACAGAGGGGCUGUGAGCUGCUGGCUGGCAGGAGGCAGGCACCAGGACCAGAUGCUCCACUUGUUGAUGGUCCGCCCGACGCUGGGGCGAGCAGGAGCUCGGCACUGAGCUGGGCACCAGCCGUGUGGCACCGCACAGGGGUGAUGCCAGAGGAGCACCCACCCAUCCCGCAGGCUGGGUGCAGCAUGCGGAGAGGAGCAGUGGGAGUGGCGAGAGUGGGUCGCCGCCGCGGGGCCGUGGCAGAUGCUGCAGAUGCUGAUUUUGGGGCAUGCAGUGAGGUCAGUGUGCCUGUUCUCAGCUGGAGAAGCAGGGGGCAGGAAAGCUGGUGGCCAUGCACAGCACCAAAGCGUGCACCUCAGCAUGGAAGGGGGCAGUCCCCGUGGGGCUGGUGCUGCCCCUGCAGCUUUGGCACACUGGGAGGAGGUUUCCAGUGUCCGGGCGCCUGCAGUGCAGCGUGCAGUGUGCGUCUGCAAUGCAGGGGGGCAGCGCUUCGGGCACCGUCUCUGCAGCGGGCAGCGUGGGCACUGGCACCCAAAGGCACCCCACUGUGCGCGGGCAGCGUCCCAGCCUGGAGUGGGCAGCAACGGGAAGGAGCAGCGCGCCUGCAGCGAGCGCAGGGGAUGUUUUGGGGCUGGCGCAGGGUGCGGGGUUGCCUAGUGACCGCACAGCAGCGGGGAGAUGCUGUGCCGACCGACGCGGUGUGCAGGGGCUGUGUGGUGCCGCGGGGAGGCUCAGGGGCUAUGUGUGGGGUGGGCAGCGGGGCUGCGUCCCUUGGGUUCCGUGCUGGGCACUGCCCCUGCUCCUGUGGGGCUGUGGGUGGGGGGCAGCGCCCCACAUGCAGUGCGGGGUGGGUGGUGUGCGGGGCUCCUGCAUCCCUGCAGCGCUGGAUGGGUGGUGCCUUCGCAGUGCGAAGCUGGCAGUGUUUUGCCAGGGAGGGCCGUGCCGCUCUGUCCCUGCUGUGGCAGUGCCCUGUGUCCCUGCAGUGCUGGGCUCGUGGUGUUUCUGCAGGGCAAGCAGUGCCCCGUGUCCCUGCAGUGCCCCACAGGUGUCAUCCCUGCAUCCCAGGCACAGCCCCCGUCCCUUUGCUGCCGCCACCAAGCAGUGCUGGCAGGGCGCACAGUGCCCUGUGCCCCCAGGGUGCGUGGCAGGCAGCGUCCCCGCAGCUUGUGGCACGCAGUGCCCCCGUGUCUCUGCGGUGAGAGGCUGCGUCCCAGCCUGGCCAGCUCCCGUCGGGUCGCUGGCAGCAGGCUGCGUGCAGCCCGCCCCGUCAGCGUGCCCGGCUGGCUGUAAUUACAGCUUGCAUGCUGACGAAGAGGGUGGACGGUGGCAGGAGUGGCUUCCUGUCCCUUGCAGGAAGGGCCAGGGUUGCAAUGACGGGGUUGCUCACUGGGGCAGGGCGGUGCAGGAACUUGGUACACCAGGACCUGUCCUCCUGGGCACUUGUUUGUGGGGGCUGAGGCCGGGCGGUCCCCUGGCACCCGUUCCCCUUGGGGACACGGCUUUGGGACUGCGUCCAAUCCCACCGGCUGCACCCGAAGCUGCUGGGGCUCGCGCCGCUUAACCCAUGGUGUCUGUGUCUCC